AUGUGCAAAAGGCUCAGGCAGCUUGGGCCAGCGCCAUCAAGAAGAUCUCCAAGACCUACCUUGAUGGAGGUGAUUAUGUCGCAGCUGCUACCAAGGCAGCUGGUGAACUCUACGGCUACGGCCGCUCGAAUGUGCUGUUCAAGCCAACCAAGGCAGUGGAAGCCCAGUUCCGACCAACA